UGACAUUAGACUGAGUCACACAGAGACUCCAGCUGUGCAGCGAACAGACACAAACCUACAACUGAGAUAACAGCAGACAUUACAACAGUAGAAGUUACAACAGUAGAAGUUACAACAGUAGAAGUUACAACAGUAGAAGAUACAGCAGUAGAAGAUACAACAGUAGAAGAUACAACAGUAGAAGUUACAACAGUAGAAGAUACAGCAGUAGAAGAUACAACAGUAGAAGUUACAACAGUAGAAGUAACAACAGUAGAAGUUACAACAGUAGAAGUUACGAGAGUAGAAGAUACGAUUUGAAGACGAAGAACCUAAUUGAAUAAAGACCAUGGAUAUUGAUGAUCAUAUAUACGCAAACGAGUCCCACAAGAAGGAUGGAGUUGGUGAUCAACAUUCAGUGUGGAAGAGACGUUUCCUAGCUGCUACAGUGUGUCUGGGGCUGCUGUGUGUUCUCCUACUGGCUGGGAUCAUAGGCCUGUUACUCUACCAGAGAAACCUAUUGAACAACCUGACUGCAGAGAGAGACCAGUUGCAGACGAGUUAUAACACCCUGACCAAAGAGAGAGACCAGCUACAGACCUCUAAUAAAUAUGCCACAUGUCCCCAAGACUGGAAGAAGUCUUGCUGCAGUUGUUACUACAUCUCCCCUGAUAAGAAAACGUGGGAAGACAGCAGAAAGGACUGUCAGGCGAGAGGAGCAAACCUGGUGAUCAUCGACAGCAGAGAGGAACAGGCUUUAAUCAAAGCAUUCAAUAGAAGAGCCUGGUUUGGUCUGACUGACAGAGAAGUUGAGGGAACCUGGAGAUGGGUGGAUGGCACACCACUGAACACAAGUUACUGGAAGAAAGGGGAGCCAAAUGAUUUGCAAGGAGAAGACUGCGCUUUGGUUGACAACACUCAACAAGACCCAUUACUGGCUUGGAAUGAUGUGCCAUGUAACCACACAAAUAGUUGGAUCUGUGAAAGGCAGGUGUGUUAAGUCUAUCGUUAACAGUUAAUUUAGAGAAAAGCAUGACCCACAUUUAUAAAAUAAUGUUCUCUCUGACCACUCUGUGUCUCUCUCUCUCUUGCUUUCACUCCCUCUAACAGUUCCGUCGCUAAAAUUCUUGUUUUACUCUUAAUUUGUUACGUUUGACUGCUCUGAAAAGUGUUUCCUGUGAUUGGGGAGGACUGCGGGUUAG